AUGCCGCCAACCAUUUCCCCGCUGGCCUGUUGCAUUCCCCGCACGCCCAUCCUAUGGUUUUCCGGCAACUUCCAUUCGUACAGAUUGUCCCGGACCUUCUCAUCAUCGUCAUCAUCAUCACUAUCCAGAUCUCCACUCUCCGUGUCUCUACACGCACCCUCUGCGCGACCUACGUCUACGAGCAUCAACAACACACACCUUCCCACAAUCGAGAAGAUCUCCUAUCUUCGAACCUACCAGAAACGAACCAUGUCUUCUGCUCCCAUUCCCGACCGGUACAAACUCGUCUUCUUCGUCCCGCAUUCCGACCUCGAAGCCUGUAAAGAAGCCGUCUUCGCGACCGGAGCGGGAACUUUUCCCGGGGGCAAGUACAGAAAAUGCUGUUUUCAGAUGCCCGGUCAAGGCCAAUUUCUGCCGUCCGAGGGUGCGAAUCCUGCCAUUGGCGAAGUUGGGACGGUCGAGAUGGUCGAGGAGAUGAAGGUGGAGGUGAUGUGUCUAGGACGGUCGGUUAUGCUGCAGGCAGUCGAGGCAUUGAUUAAGGCUCAUCCGUAUGAGGAGGUCGCGUAUGAAGUGUAUAAGAUGGAAAAUGUGUAA